AAAAUGGAAGUCUUGUUUUGGAAAUGUUUUGUUUUAAUUUUUGUAAUAAAAUGUGGAUUUGGUUCUUCCAGACCAAACAUAAUUAUAAUGUUGAUGGAUGAUAUGGGUUGGGGUGAUCUUGGAGUGUUUGGUCAUCCAGCAAAGGAGACUCCUAAUUUAGAUAAGAUGGCUGCUGAGGGAAUGUUGUUUCCAGAUUUCUAUGCUUCAAAUCCGUUGUGCUCUCCAUCAAGAGCAGCUCUAUUGACAGGGAGGUUACCAAUUAGAAAUGGAUUCUACACAACUAAUGCCCAUGCUAGAAAUGGCUACACUCCUCAAAUAAUUGUUGGUGGAAUAGGUGAUGAUGAAUUAUUGUUACCUGAGAUACUCUCUACUGUUGGUUAUAGAAACAAGUUAGUUGGCAAAUGGCAUCUGGGACACCAGAGUCAAUUCCAUCCUUUAAAACAUGGUUUUCACGAAUGGUUUGGAGCGCCUAAUUGUCAUUUUGGUCCUUACAACAACAGAGAUACACCAAAUAUUCCAGUUUAUAAAAAUGAGAAUAUGGUGGGAAGAUAUUAUGAAGAAUUUAACAUCAAUCGUCAAACUGGAGAAUCAAACCUCACCAUCCUCUACAAAAAUGAGGCGAUAGAUUUUAUACAUGAACAAACAAAAUCUAACAUGGGCAACCCAUUCUUUUUAUACUGGGCACCAGAUGCUACCCACACGCCACUUUAUGCCUCAAAGAAGUUUCUUGGGACAAGUCAGAGAGGACUGUAUGGCGAUGCCGUUAGAGAACUUGAUGACAGUGUCGGCGCCAUUUUGGAGACACUACAUGACCUUGACAUUGCAGAUAACACAUUUGUUUUCUUCUCAUCUGAUAAUGGUGGAGCUCUUGUUUCUAAAGAUCAUGUAGAUGUGAUUAAUCAGAUAUUCUGUAUCUUUUAUGUUGGUGGUUGCAAUGGUCCAUUCUUGUGUGGGAAGGAGACAACAUAUGAAGGAGGAAUGCGUGAACCUUCUAUAGCCUGGUGGCCUAACCACAUACAAUCCGGUCAAAUAAGUCAUCAAACUGGAAGUCACAUGGAUUUAUUUACGACAGCUUUGGAACUGGCAGGCCUACAACCUCCUACAGAUAGAACAAUAGAUGGCAGCACACUUAUUCCAGCACUGCUCAAUAAUACACAUGAAAAAAGGCCAGUGUUCUUCUACAGAGGGAAUGAACUGAUGGCUAUGAGGUUUGGCUUGUAUAAGAUUCACAGGUGGACCUGGACCAAUGGAUAUGACGAAUUUGAUAAAGGUAUAGACUUCUGCAGGGGAGAAGAUGUUGAAGGUGUUACAACCCACAAACAAACCAACCAUACAAUACAACCACUGCUGUUUCAUUUAGGCAGAGAUCCUGGUGAAAAAUACCCAAUAAAGCCAAAGACACCAGAGUACAAUCAAGUGAUGCUGACAAUGCUUAAAAUAGUUGACAAACAUAUGUAUAAUCUCAAGCCUGGUAAACCUCAACUUAACUGGUGCGAUAACGCAGUACAGAACUGGUCACCGCCUGGAUGUGAAAAGUUAGGAAAAUGUCUCAAAAAACCAAGGUCAAACCCAGAACUGUGCACUUGGCCUCAUUAGUAAGAAAUAAUUGAUGUGUUCCUGCUGCAAAAUGUGCAAGGUGUUGCCUUAUGCAUACAUAUAUUAACCAACUACUUUUUCUGCAAGAUAGGCCAUUCAAAGUUAAAUAUAUGUU